UUGCAGCUGAAGCUAUAUUGUAACACGCAGACCAAUACGUGUAAGGAUUUUUUAAUUAAUGUGGGAAAAAAUAAUAGAAAAUUUCAAGCUUCAAAGCUUUGAUUAUCAAACAAACAAUCAUGGCUUGACCAUUUCCUUUAAAAAUUAGUUUUCAGAGAAAACAAAAGGAAGGUCUGAAACCCUUCUUUUUUCUCUUUUCCUCUGUAAAUCAAAAAAAAAAAAAGACAGUUUCAAAGGUCGUUUUUUUUACUUGCCUAGGCUCUUCGGAGGCAUGUGUUUGGGUCUAUGUUUUGCUUUCAGACACGUUAGUUAGGUGAAGAGCCGGGUUUUUUUUGGGAGGGUCUUAUGGAUUUUCAAGAGACGCGUAGAGGUGGGAGGGUAUAUAUAUAUAUAUAUACAUGUAUGUGCGUGUGUAUGGUGGUUUUGCAGACAGGGAAACUCUGGGAUCUUGUCUUGUAAAUAAGAUCUAGAAAUUUCUGCUUCUGGUUAUGGAUAUGUGUAAAUGGUAAUGGAGAUGAUGAUGGUGAUGACGAUGAAGAAGGAGGUUGUAUUGUCCAUAUCCGUUCUUGUUCUUACCCUUUUGGUUUCCGAGUCAAGAGGGUUGAACUUGGAAGGGCGAUUUCUUCUCGACAUUAAGAGCAAGUUUGUGGAUAAUUUUGAGAAUCUCAGAAACUGGAAUCCGAGUGAUUCCGUACCUUGUUCAUGGAGGGGCGUGAACUGCAACAGCGAUCCCUUUGGUCCUAAGGUUCUGUCUCUGAAUCUGUCUUCGAUGAAUCUCUCCGGUUACUUGUCUCCAAGCAUAGGUGGAUUGGUUCAUCUCGAGUAUCUGAAUCUGUCAUACAAUGAGUUAUCAGGCAAUAUACCGAAAGAGAUAGGGUACUGUUCGAGUUUGGAGAUUCUUGCUCUGAACAAUAACCAGGUUGAGGGUGAGUUGCCUAAAGAAAUAGGGAAGCUUCUGGCUUUGCGGGAGCUUGACAUCUUCAACAACAGAAUCUCGGGUUCGAUCCCUGAUGAGAUCGGGAACCUCUCGUAUCUGUCUGAACUGGUGGCUUACAGCAACAACAUAACCGGGCCAUUGCCUUCUUCCAUUGGCAAACUCAAGAGGUUGACCAGCUUUCGAGCCGGGCAGAAUCUGAUAUCCGGAAGUCUGCCUUCAGAGAUUGGCCAGUGUGAGAGCUUGCAGGUUCUUGGCCUUGCACAAAACAGGCUAAGCGGUCAGUUACCGAAAGAGAUGGGUUUGCUCAAGAAUCUCUCACAGGUGAUUCUUUGGGACAACCUGUUGUCAGGGUUCAUUCCCAAGGAGAUUGGCAGCUGUACGAGCCUGCUAGUCCUUGCUCUCUACCAGAACCAGCUUGUUGGACCAAUCCCAAAGGAGAUUGGAAACCUCGAAUAUCUCAAGUUCCUAUACCUUUACAGGAACGGUUUGAAUGGCACGAUCCCGAGAGAGAUCGGGAAUCUCUCUGCUGCACUCGAGAUAGACUUCUCAGAGAAUGCAUUAACAGGAGAAAUACCCGUGGAGCUUGGCCGCAUACCCGGGCUCGAGCUUCUGUACCUUUUCGAGAACCAACUAACGGGUACUAUCCCGGUUGAGCUUGCUACACUGGAGAACCUGACAAAGCUCGAUCUCUCCAUCAAUUCUUUAACGGGUCCUAUCCCCCUCGGGUUUCAGUACUUAAGAGAGCUCAUCAUGUUGCAGCUGUUUGAGAAUUCCCUCAGUGGAACCAUUCCACCAAGACUUGGCUUGUAUAGCAAUCUAUGGGUGCUUGAUCUAUCCGAUAACCAUCUCAUUGGAAGGAUUCCUCGGUUUCUUUGCUUACAUUCUAACCUGAUCCUUCUCAACUUGGGCGGAAACAAUCUCUCCGGAAACAUCCCUAGCGGCAUUACGAACUGCAGAAGCCUGGUUCAGCUUCGUCUUGUCAGAAACAGCCUCGUGGGCCGCUUCCCAUCGAACUUGUGCAACUUGGUUAACCUUUCAGCCAUCGAGUUAGGACAGAACAGAUUCCAUGGCUGGAUUCCUUCGGAUAUUGGUAACUGCAGUGCCCUGCAAAGGUUGCAUCUAGCGGACAAUCGUUUUAGCGGCGAGCUCCCAAGAGAGAUCGGCAAGCUUUCUCAGCUCGGGACAUUUAACGUCUCGUCUAAUAUGCUCACAGGGGAAAUACCGUCUGAAAUCUUCAACUGCAAGAUGCUUCAACGGCUAGAUAUCAGCGCAAAUAACUUAUCUGGAACAUUACCAAGCGAGGUUGGUUCCCUUUCUAUGCUUGAGCUUCUUGAGCUCUCAAAUAAUAAGCUUUCAGGUGUAAUACCGUCAGCUCUCGGGAACUUAUCUCGUCUGACCGAGCUACAAAUGGGCGGAAAUGAAUUUUACGGGGAAAUUCCACCGCGUUUAGGUAGUCUGACCAGCUUGCAGAUAGCAUUGAAUCUCAGUUACAACAAUCUCACAGGGGAAAUCCCACCAGAGCUCAGUAAUCUUGCAAUGCUCGAGUUCCUUCUCCUCAACAACAACCAUUUGUCGGGCGAAAUCCCGAGCUCUUUCGCUAACCUCUCCAGCUUGCUCGGCUGCAACUUUUCCUACAACAACCUGACCGGUCCUAUUCCUGUUAAUGAAUUCAAGAUUGUGCUUUCUUUCCCCCUAUGCUGCUCCAUUGCAGCUGAAGCUAUAUUGUAACACGCAGACCAAUACGUGUAAGGAUUUUUUAAUUAAUGUGGGAAAAAAUAAUAGAAAAUUUCAAGCUUCAAAGCUUUGAUUAUCAAACAAACAAUCAUGGCUUGACCAUUUCCUUUAAAAAUUAGUUUUCAGACGGGGGAAGAAGAAGUUUCAGCUUUGCAAGUCGGAAAACCGCCAUCCUCUCUCGACAUUUACUUCCCUCCGAAAGAAGGAUUCACAUUCCAAGAUUUGGUUGCAGCCACUGAUAAUUUCGACGAAAACUUUGUAGUAGGGUAUAAGGCAGUUCUACCCGCAGGCUACACCUUAGCUGUCAAGAAACUGGCUUCAAACCGGGACGGCAACAACAACAACGUCGAUAACAGCUUCAGAGCCGAGAUUCAGACCCUCGGGAAUAUCCGACACCGUAAUAUAGUCAAGUUACACGGAUUCUGCUAUCAUCAAGGAUCGAAUCUGCUUCUGUAUGAGUACAUGUCGAGGGGAAGCCUCGGGGAAAUACUUCACGGUUCCUCGUGUAACUUGGAUUGGCCUACGAGAUUCAGAAUCGCCCUCGGGGCGGCUCAAGGCCUUGCGUAUUUGCACCAUGACUGCAAGCCGAGGAUCUUCCACCGCGAUAUAAAGUCAAACAACAUCCUCCUCGACGACAAGUUCGAAGCUCACGUCGGAGAUUUCGGAUUAGCAAAGGUGAUUGAUAUGCCGCAAUCCAAAUCAAUGUCCGCCAUUGCUGGAUCUUACGGAUACAUCGCCCCGGAGUAUGCAUACACCAUGAAAGUUACAGAGAAGUCUGACAUCUACAGCUACGGAGUCGUUCUUUUGGAGCUACUGACCGGAAAAACGCCGGUCCAACCGCUGGAUCAAGGAGGGGAUUUAGUGAAUUGGGUCAGGAAUUACAUAAGGAGAGAGGCAUUAUCAUCCGGAAUACUUGAUCCUCGGGUAAACGUCGAGGACGAACGAGUCGUUUCGCAUAUGCUCACGGUGUUAAAGAUCGCUCUGCUCUGCACGAGCGUAUCUCCGGUUGCUCGGCCGACCAUGCGAGAGGUUGUCCUGAUGCUGAUCGAGUCGAAGAGACGCGAAGAAGAACAGCCCGACACUUCUCCGAGUCAUGAUGAUACAGAUUGAAGUUAGAGUCAACACUGCCUCAUUCUUAGAAGGAAAUAAGCUUAAGAAAUCUUGCAUAUAUAAUUUUUUUUGGUGAUUUCUCUUCACUUAAUGAUUGAUCCCUGUAUCGUCUAAUGUAUGAAGAUAAGUCUUGUAAAUUCUUUACAGAGCAAUAUCUAAAGAUAUGCACUGAUAUCUAAUGUAUCAA